AUGGCGGCCCUCGAAGUGGCGCGGGUCAUGCAAGAAGCAGCGCAGAUGGUGGACGAAGCUUGGAGGGAGCUCUCAGGCUCAGGCUCGCUGGCUUCCUGUCCUCUUGCGAUGGCUCGAGAUUCGAGAUGCUCUUGCAGCGUGCAGAGGUGGGCAGGGGGCGGGCGCAGAGGAAGGAGACCCGAGCCCGAGGGAAUCUCCACGUGUGCAGCUCGAAAGCACCAAGCUCCUGCAGGAAAGCAUGCGGACGACGAAGCGAAAGCUGGGCUGCCCAAGACCGUUUGUCGGCAGAAGGGGAAAUGGAACGGCCGGGUGUCCGACUUGACGAUGAAGGAGUACCGCGACAUGAAGCCGCUCAGUUGCAGUGGGGCAUGGAUGCACUGGCCUCAGCUUCACGGCUUCGCCAGCUCAAGCUCGUUUAUAGUCGGCCGCCACCGACAGGCCGGCUACAGGGCAGCUCUGCGUGUAGGGCACCGGCCUCAGCCGACGCCAGCAGCGCCGGGUCCUUCACAAAAUCGGGCGCCGGCCGAGGCCAAGAUGGAGCAUGCGGCGAACUCGGACGUUCGAUGCCGAGAUGCCAAACAGCAACUUCUCACGACGCGUGCCGCCUCUGCGUACCAGGGCAUGCUACCCACAGACCCUGCCAAAGCAUACGAUGCUUGCUACAACACGGCGCCCAAAUUCACCAUCGGCAAGUCGCUUAUCGGCGCCGCUGACCCCUUGGCGAACAACCCGGGUCCGCAGUAUCUCGUCCCAAGCACGAUGAAUCCAUCUGGUCAUCCGACCGUAUGGAAGAACUCAGGAGUGCUUCAGAGAGCUCUGUGA